CAACCCGGCGGAGCGCAAUUCAAGUCCACUAGUUGUCGUCCGCCGGUUGUUGUCGCACGCGAGCGACAAACGCGAGCGGAUUUUACGCGUGAACGCAUCACUUCACUAAAUUUCAAGACAUCGAAUGUCUUCCAAGAUUUAAUAUCUUUGUAACAAACAACGAAUAAGUGUCUUUACUCGAAAAUAUAAAUAUUUUAUGUUUAAGAUAUUUAUUGAAAGGCGCUGUAAUUUUUUGAGUGUUUUUUGAUUAAUUUCAUUUUUAUAUAGAAGAUUAUCGGUUAUUAAGUUAAGUGAAGGACCCGUGCGUGUCCUGACGUGUAUAACCACCUGCAAGGAUUCAUGCUCGUAAAUAUAUCCUUGCUGAGGGAUGACUUCUAACUGCAGUAUUAGUGUAUGGAGGGAUUGAGUUAAUGAUAACCGACCACUGCCAAAAGAACACGUCAAGAUUUUAAAAUACUAUAUACGCACACAUUUUUACUAAUUUAAACAGAACUGAAAGUGAAAUUGGAGUGAAAACAAAAGGAAGAAAUAAAAAUAUCAAAAUGGUGAAUUUCCGCUUGGAUGUGUGUACUAAUAGUAACAAACUGCUGAUAUCCUGUGUGCUGGUAUCGACCGGCGCUGGAUUCCUCAUCGGAUGGUCCUGGAUCUUCAAUUCAAUGUUGCGACUGGGAAUCGCGCUGAAAGAAAACACGUACAUGGAGAAACUUUGGCUGGUUAAUCCGAUGCCGUUGUAUUUAGAGAUUUAUGCUUUGAAUUGGACCAAUCCGGAAGACAUUUACAAGCCGGGUGUUAAACCCAGAUUCCAACAGAUUGGGCCGUUCUCAUUCAGAGAGAUCAAAACGAAAGGCAAUGUCACGUGGAACGCUAAUAAUACUGUCUCAUUCAGGCAGUAUCACUCGUAUCAUUUUGUCAGAGAGAAAAGUGUGGCUGAUUUGAGCCUGCCGAUUACUUCGUUGAAUCCUGUUUUAGUCAGUGCGGCAUACACUGCAAAAAUGAAGAAAUGGGGAUUUUGGAUGCGCAAAGGAAUGCAAGUGGCCUUCACUCAAAUGCACCAAGAAUUAGCUAUCACAAAACCCUUCGGACAGUAUUUGUUUGAAGGUUAUUAUGAUCCCAUGGUGGCGCUGUCAGCUAAAAUGCCUUUGCCGUUCAUUCCCAAACUACCAAUGGAUGAUAAAUUUGCUUGGUUUUUUGGAAGAAAUGAAACUUCAUUUGAAGGAGACUUCAACAUGGGCACAUCCUACGACAAUUUCGGUGUUUUGGAAUCAUGGAACUUUGCAAACCGUACCAAUCAUUAUCAGGGCAGUUGUGGCCAUGUUUCUGGUGCUUCUGCAGGUGAACUGCAUCGACCUUAUCCAAAUAAAGACACCAUUUCCAUUUUUGUGCCUGACAUGUGCCGUAACAUGCCGUUGGAUUUUGAAGAAGAAGAAUCUGUUGAUGGAGUUAUAGGAAGAAAAUACACAGCAGGAAAACGUUUUCUGGAUAACGGUACACUCUACCCAGAAAAUAAAUGUUUCUGUCCAGAGGAAUGUUUCCCUUCAGGAGCUGUAAACAUCAGUAGUUGCAAAUAUGGCGCGCCUGGUUUUGUCUCUUUACCAAACUUCCACGGCGCUGAUGAUUAUUAUCUGAGUGCAGUCGAGGGACUUAAACCUGUUCGAGACAAACACGAGUUUUACAUUACACUUGAACCGCUUACUGGAAUAACUUUGCGUGUUGCUGCAAGGUUACAACUCAAUUUGUUACUUGAACCAGCAAAAUACUUAACAUUAUUUCAAAAUGUGCCAAAACUAAUCUUCCCAGUGUUGUGGUUUGAAGAAGUCGUUCAAAUCCCUGACUUUCUCCUGGUUUUAAUCAAAAUCCUGCUUUACAUGCCGUUGGUGAUUCAAAUCAUCGGCGCGUUACUGAUGUCCAUCGGUUUCUUCCUCUGCUCAACAGUCAUCUACAAACAUAUCAACUCAACGAUGAUCAAAUCCGGACAAUUUGUCUCAAAGCAAGGCAAUCAACACACGAAAAGAAAUCAUCAUUUACAUGCUUUAACAAUCAAGGAGCUGGUGCCGUUGAAUGAGAAAGAAAAACUCCGCGUCGUUUACGAAACGGACGUGCAGCUCGUAGGCGACGUAUGCAGUUGUAGUUCAAAUUUAUAUCGCAAAAAAAUGAAACGCACUAGAAUAAUAGGGCGGUACUGCCGGGGGUUCGUCUUCACAUUGGGGACGGUGUUCACAUUCAUUGGGUUAUUAUUUCUACUUCAGUUUAAUGGCAUGUAUGACUUGAUUGUAAUGAAUGCGCUGAAAGUGGAAGAUGGAUCAAAAGCUUAUGAAGCGUGGCGCACUAAUGAUCCACCGCUUAUUUUGGAUAUGUAUAUGUUUAACUGGACGAAUGCACAUGAGGUGUAUAAUGAAAGUGUUAAACCACACUUUGAACAAGUCGGGCCGUAUAGAUUCCUCGAGGUGAAGGAGAAGUACGAUAUUGUUUUUCAUGAAAAUGAUACAGUUUCGUAUAAAUAUUUGAAGAGAUAUUAUUUUAUGGAUGAAGAGAGUCCUUGUCAACUUACUGAUGUGAUAAAUACGUUAAAUACUGUAGCAACUUCGGCAGCUUACAAAACACGUUUUGAUGAAGGGUUUAAAAAAUGGUCCAUGGAUUUCACAAUGUCGAUGUCCUCCUCGGUGUAUGUAACGAAAACAAUAGACGAGUUACUUUUUAAAGGAUAUUACGAUCCUUUACUGGGUGUUCUCAAGCAGGUAUCGCCGUUUUUACCUGAUGAUGCACAAAUUGAAGAUCAUAAUUUCGGUUGGUUUUACAAGCGAAAUAAUACUAGAAACUUGAGUGGAGAGUUUAGUAUGUCUACUAAACAGGAUCAUACUUUUGGCAGGAUGGUUUCGUGGAAUCAUCGCAACGAAACUGAUUUCUUUGAAGGCGAAUGCAAUAAAAUACGUGGAUCAGCUGGAGAGUUUUAUCCUUUGGAUAGGACAAGAGAUUCUAUUACUUUGUACUCUAAUGAAUUGUGUACAUUCGCUGAAUUUGAUUAUGAAAAGAUGAGUUUAUUAGGAUGUGAGGGGUAUAAAUAUUCAGCACAAACUUUAUUUGAAAAUGGUACAAUUUAUCCAAAAAAUCAAUGUUACUGCCAAGGUGAGUGUUUACCCAGUGGAGUCUUGAACAUCUCUUCCUGUCGUCAAGGAGCCCCAAUAUUUCUCUCUUUGCCACAUUUUUACAACGCAGAUCCUUACUAUACAAAUUUAAUUGAUGGACUUACACCAAACAAAAAAGAUCACGACUUUUACAUCACUCUAGAACCCAAAUCUGCAAUCGCAAUUGAAGUAGGAGUUCGUAUGCAACUCAAUCUUUUACUACAACCAAUCAAAGGAUACUCAUUAUUUUCUAACGUUCCUAAAAUAAUGGUACCUAUAUUCUUCUUCGAUCAAGUAGUGACAAUGAGUGAUGAAUUAGCGACCAGCGUCUAUUUAAUACAAAAUCUACCUGAAAUUGUCGAACAUGUAUCAUAUGUUUUCGUCGUGCUGGGUGUAUCGAUGAUGAUUCUUGUCCUAAUAACAAAUUGUAUAUGGCCAUCGUCGAAGAACCGUGAGCGUAAUGAAUAUAAAGUUGCUGCUGCACAAGCAGUUGAAGUACCACUUACCACAAAAGAAGUGCACAUUCAUGCGUAGUAAUAAUGUUUAUUAGGGAGGGGGUGAGGAAAUUUAGCAAUGGAAAUGCCAAAAAAUAAAUUAAUUAAGGUCUUUAUGCAUGAACAAAAAUCCAUCCAUGAUCUAAGAACAAUUAUAUUACUUAACAUGACAAUACAUAUUUUAAAUUAAAACCAAUGUAAAUAUUUUGUAUAUAGUUUUAUUACACAGAGAUUAAAAUCUAUACAAAUAAAACUAAA